AUGCUUCUUAUAAUAUUACUAUAUGCCUUGUUGGGCAUUACUGCCGCUCAGCAGACCUCUACCCAAACAUGCAGAACGAGCUUUGGCUGCGGUGGCAGAACCUCCCUUUCAACAACUGAUGUCGUUCGAUCGACUGUCACCAACUUGGUGAGAGUAUGCCCUACCAGCACGGUAACUAUCUUUGGGGAAACAUCUACGACGACUGUAACGCAAACUGCGACUUCAAGCACGGUCGCGGCUCUUCAAGUCACUGAUACUUCUACAAUUUCGAGAACCAAUACUGUCACAGAUAUAGAAGAGGCCAUGACUACUGCUGUAGUAACGACCACUAUGACCCUCACACUCACACUCCGACCAGUCUCGUCCAUCCCCGUAACAUCUGGCUUCGUCCCUAUAGCAUCCCAGUCAGACUAUGUUGCACGGAAGCGCAGUGCGUCAUACAGCUUGGAUAGUCAAGGGGACUACAACAUUCCCCGGGCGAAACGAUGCAUUCCCCUCAGACCUGACGUCGUAUCUUGCGAUCAGACAAUCUUCACUACUACCACCAGAACUGUCGCCAACCGGGGUGCUUGUCCAACUCCCCUUCCCGUCACUACUGUAACUAGACAGCCUCGCGUUGCUACUAUCGAUACGACGGUGGCUUCGACAGUUUGGAGCACAUCGACUGAGACUGCUACUGUCAAUGCUACUGUGUUUGAUACUGUCACCGAGUUGACUACGUCGACAUUUACAUGGACCAGCAGGGUCAUUAGCAAUGCCUUCACAACUACAACUGCUGCCACCACAACUGUCCUCGCUGCCUGCGCGCCAAACAAUAUUAUCAAGACCGCCAACGGAGGUCAUGGGAUUUUCCAACUCAACUACGGCGGAUCAAGGAACCAGAUCCAAGUCGGUAUCCCUGCGUCUAAUCCCUACCAAUGCUGCGUGGCCUGUCAUGAGACGAGGAACUGUAUCUGGUCUAAUUUCCAGAUAGGCUGCGAACUUGUCAUUGCUCAGUCGUGUAAUCCCCAGGGUAACUUUGGUUCUUCAUUCAAUACCUCGGCGAGUGUGAACGUAAGAAGAGGUAGCACGAUUAGCAACGGGCCUUGUGGACGGAUUGCCAAUGCGGGAGAUGUCCCUGUAGAUUAA